AUGAACCGCGAACACACAUUCAGCACCGGGAAACAGACCAACCCUGUUCAAAAUGCCUCUUUCUUCUCGAAGCGUAGCUUCUGGUGGCUACGGGAAAUGUUCCACUACGGACAGCGGAAAGAAAUUACGGAGGAAAAGCUGUACACCACGCUUCCAGAGCACAGUAGCCAUGGAUUGGCUGAAACGUUCGAGCGGUUAUGGUCAGAGGAAGAACAGCGUGGACCAGACAAGGCGAGUUUUGCUCGUGUUUACUGGAGAGCAUUUGGCAAGGAAACUCUGUUCUGGGGCCUAGCAUUCUCGGCAUUCGAAACUGCCAACCGGGUCGCUCAGCCGCUGUUGCUAGGAGAGUUGGUAUCCUACUUUACGCCAAACCAGGACACCAUCAGCGAACGAGACGCGUACCUGUACGCGAUAGGUGUUAUCACCUGUUCGCUGUUAUCGGUCAUCUCAUUUCAUCCCUUCAUCUUUUACAUUUUUCAACUCGGAAUGAAGUUUCGCAUAGGCGCAUCGUGCUUAAUUUAUAACAAGGUACUUAAACUCUCUAAAUCGACCACCGCGGGAGAUGGACUUAAUGGGAAAAUCAUCAAUCUACUUUCGAACGACGUUGGCAAGUUCGAUAUAGCUUUGUGCUUCGUACAUGAUCUCUGGAAGGGCCCAAUGGAAGCUAUCCUUCUUGGCUAUUUCAUUUAUUGUCAAAUCGGCUUCUCGGGCUUGCUUGGGAUGGCGUUCUUGAUGAGUUUUAUCCCACUGCAAGCUUGGGUUGGUAAGAAAACGGCCACCUACCGGAUGAAGGCAGCUAAACGGACCGAUCUGCGUGUACGCUUCAUGAAUGAAAUUAUACAAGGCAUACAGGUGAUCAAAAUGUACACGUGGGAAAGCUCUUUCGCCAAGAUGAUCGAGACGAUCCGGCGGAAAGAGAUACAAGCGAUUCGAGGUGGUGCGUACGUGCGAGCAACGCUCAUAUCGUUUUUUACCGUAUCGCGUGUGUCCAUUUUUAUCAGCCUGCUGUCGUACACGGUCACCGAGAAUGUUAUCACUGCCAAAAAGGUCUUCAUUGUAACGUCGUUCUACAGCAUACUGAACGAUUCCAUGGUACAUUUCUGGCCAAUGGCGAUUACUUUCUGUGCCGAAGGUUACAUCUCGCUCAAACGCAUACGUGAUUUUCUUCUAACACCCGAAGGAAAAUCUUCGAUCGCUACAAACACGCAAUCGGCUGGAAAGGGAGGAAUGAAAAACACGAAAAAAACGAUGCGUGCUACCAGCGAUAAAGAUGGAGGCACGCAAGACCUAAAAGAAAGCAGCCAGCAAAACGGUAUCAAAGCUGCAGUAAAAAGUGAUGAGAUUGAUUCUGAACCCUUGCUGCCAAAACGUCUGGUGCAAACGGUGGCAGGUGAUAGGAAAGGUAUCGUACUCGAUAGCGCCACAGCACGUUGGAUGUGUCCUUCGGCAGUGUCAGGUGCGACUGUAACCGGUAAUGGAAGCGGCAGAGGAGAUGGUCCAGAAGAGACUUCAAAUAUAGGGAUAGAAUCUGUUAGCUUGACUGUUGAUCCUGGAAGAUUGUGUGUUCUGGUAGGUCCAGUUGGAUCCGGGAAGUCUACUCUACUACAGGUGAUUUUAGGAGAGCUUGAGCUGGACGAUGGAAGGGUGGAAAUUUAUGGUACCGUAAGCUAUGCCGCUCAAGAACCUUGGCUGUUUGGAGGAAGUGUGCGGAAUAACAUCCUGUUUACAGAAGAGUACGACGAGCGACGUUAUCUGCGAGUGGUACGCGUUUGCGCUCUGGAGAAAGACUUUGAACUGUUCCCGCAUGGUGAUCAAACGAUUGUAGGGGAACGCGGAAUUAGUUUAAGCGGAGGACAAAGAGCACGUGUUAAUCUGGCCCGUGCCAUCUACCGGAAGGCAGACAUCUAUCUACUGGAUGACCCAUUAUCAGCCGUUGAUACACAUGUGGGCAAGCAUAUCUACGAACUGUGUAUCCGCGAUUUCCUCGCGAAUAGUGUAUGUGUUUUGGUUACGCAUCAAUUGCAGUAUUUAAAAGAUGUUCAGCAGAUAGUUCUGAUGAAUGGUGGGCGAGUGGAAGCUUGUGGAAGCUUUAGAGAACUGAAGAAAUCGAAUAUCGAAUCGAUCAUGGCACUGACGCCUGACGAAUCUCCUCUCGAAAAUCCAAUAGAAAAGGAGCUCAAAAAUCUUCGCCCCAGACGGACUAGUGGAUCUUCGACUGGUUCUCAGCGUGACGACCUUAUGAUGGACCUGCUACAGCAAGAUAAGCAGGAAGAAGAAAAAGAAUCUCAAGGUGGUGCCGGUAGUGUGGGGCUAGCCGUGUACAAAACCUACAUAACUGCGGUCAAUAGUUGCGGCUGGGUAUUUUGGCUAAGUGCACUAAUGGUGCUAUCGCAAAUCGUUGUCAGUGGAGUGGACAUUUUUGUGGCAGAAUGGGUGAAUUGGGAAGAACAAGUUGCAGGCAUUCCUCCUGAGUUUGAUUUGAAUGAUAAUCAUACGAUCUUGAGUUCUCGUGAUGUGCGCAUUUUGCUCCAGGAGCAAACUAAUGUCAGUAACUUCAUUGAACGUCAGCAGUACAUUUGGAUUUACAGUGGAUUAAUAAUACUGCUGGUAAUCUUAGUUGUGCAACGAUCGUUUUCGUUCUUUUACGUCUGUCUUCGUAUAUCCGUAAAUCUACACGAUCGUUUGUUCCGUGGAUUAACCCGUGCAACUAUGCACUUCUUCAAUACAAAUCCUUCAGGUAGGAUUCUUAAUCGAUUUUCCAAAGAUAUUGGUUCGAUCGACUCUACGCUGCCGAUGGCCCUGCUAGACUGCGUCAUAUUUUUUCUGGAAAUGAUCGCGGUUGUAGCAGUAGUCUCGAUCGUCAACUAUUGGUUCCUUCUUCCAACGGCGAUUGUGGCUGUGAUAAUGUACUAUAUUCGACAUAUGUAUCUAAACACAUCACGGGUGGUAAAGCGCAUCGAAUCUGUCAACCGAUCGCCCCUCUUCUCACACACAAAUGCCACACUUCAAGGACUCUCGACGAUACGUGCUUUUGGUGCAGAAGCAGUGCUUAGACAUGAGUUUAACGAAUUUCUGGAUGUGAACUCGUCCGCUUGGUACAUGUUUAUCUCUACCAGUCGUGCUUUUGCGUUGUGGCUCGAUCUGGUGUGCGUUUUGUACAUCGGUGUCGUAACGAUAAGCUUUCUCAUCGGGAAUAGCCAGCAAAUGCUCGGUGGAAGCGUUGGAUUGGCCAUUACGAAGACGAUUAGCUUGGUCGGUAUGUGCCAGUGGGGGAUGCGGCAAUCGGCAGAAUUGGAAAAUCAGAUGGUUUCGGUGGAGCGAGUGAAUGAGUAUACAAAUCUACCUUCCGAACCACCGCUCGAGACGGCUCCAAAACACCGACCUCAACGUAACUGGCCCGAGUUCGGUGCGAUACGGUUUAUCAACGUAGAUCUACGCUACAAUGAGGACGGUGAACGUGUACUGAGGGAUCUUAAUUUUACCAUUCGUUCCAAUGAAAAGGUUGGAAUCGUGGGACGAACCGGGGCCGGUAAAUCAUCUCUCAUACAGGCACUGUUCCGUUUGGCACCGUUUGAGGGAAACAUCGAGAUCGACGACAUUGAUACGAAAACAUUGGGAUUGCGAGACUUGCGGAACAAAAUAUCGAUCAUACCGCAGGAUCCAAUCUUGUUUUCCGGCACACUGCGCAGCAAUUUGGAUCCUUUCGAUCAACGCAAGGACGACGAACUGUGGAAUGCGCUAGAUCAGGUUGAACUGAAGGAAGCGGUAUCUUCGCUGGCUGGCGGUUUGGAGUGUCGGAUGUCGGACGGCGGAAGUAAUUUUAGCAUGGGCCAAAGGCAGUUGGUUUGUCUUGCAAGAGCGAUUCUGCGUAACAAUAAAAUCCUCGUAUUAGAUGAAGCUACUGCCAAUGUUGACCCUGAAACGGACAAACUUAUUCAAUCUACUAUUCGAACAAAAUUCGCCCAUUGCACAGUAUUAACUAUUGCGCAUCGAUUACACACGGUUAUGGAUAGCGAUCGGGUAUUGGUGAUGGACACAGGACGCGUAGUCGAAUUUGGACAUCCGCACGAGCUUCUGCAUGGUCCGAUUGGUUAUCUUCGCCGUCUAGUAGAUCAAACCGGAGUAGCUACUGCGGCAAUGUUGAUGCGUACUGCCGAGGAUAACUUUAAAAAAUCUAGCGCAAGACAAACAGAAGCAAUCACCCUGGGACUGUCAUAA